GAGUAUGUUUCAAGCAACAGACCCCACAUGUUGGAGACCUGGGGUUUAAUGUUUCAGAGCUACCAUAAAUUUCACAUUUUUAGUUUUUCAAGGUUCUUGACAGAUGGGUCUUGCACUUCGUGAUUCUUUGAGGCAUUAUAAUACAUAUAAAAUGAAGAUUUAAUAAGGAAAAAAACUGGGGUUUCCUUGGUUUAUACUCCAUUUUUUUACUUUAUUGGGGUUUUGCAUUUUUGUUUCUUAUCUGGCACGUUGGGUUCGAUUUUGGAUUCUUCUGGUGGUUAAAGAAAGAUGAAAGUACCGUUUAUAUCAGAAAAACUGGCUUAUUUUUGGAGGAGUUGACCUAAAUUUGGUGUCUGAUUAGUAAAUUAAAUAGUUUCUGUGAGCCAUUCUGUGGACCGAGAUUCUGGGUCUUUUUUUCAAAUGGGCAUGUCCGGUGGAGUGGUUUCAGGGACAAAGCAAAGCUUCAAGAGGAUUUGUUGAGUAUUUUGUUGGAUUAAAUCAAAUUAUUAAUGGUAGACAUGCUUCAUAAUUCUUAUUCUUCGAUUUGUAGUUGAAGUAUUCAGGAUUUGGAUUAGGCAGUUGUUGUGGGUUUUCUCGUGAGGGAAAAGAGCAUUUGGGUGUUUUUGUUUCAAAGAUCUGAGUGAAAAUUGGGGCUUUGAUUUGGAUCUGCAUGAAAUUGAGUUGCAUUGGUGUUAAAAGAAAAGUUUUAGCAUAGAGAGAUUUUGUUCUGCUUGAAGUCGUAUUGCAGAAAUAGAGUAUUCAUCAAUUCGCAGAAAUGGCCUGUAUGAAAUUAGGAUCCAAAACUGAUGCAUUUCAGAGACAAGGACAGGCCUGGUUCUGCACAACUGGUCUACCAAGUGAUAUAGUUGUCGAAGUUGAGGAGAUGUCCUUCCAUCUCCACAAGUUUCCACUGCUUUCAAGAAGUGGUGUUAUGGAAAGAAUGAUUGCAGAAGCAUCUGAGGAUGAAGAAGGAUGUAUCAUUAAACUCUCUGACGUUCCUGGUGGGGCUAAGACAUUUGAACUUGUAGCAAAAUUUUGCUAUGGGGUAAAACUUGAACUGACUGCUGCGAAUGUGGUACAACUUGGAUGUGCGGCCAAGCAUCUUGAAAUGAUCGAAGAGCAUGGGGAAGGCAAUCUUAUUUCUCAGACCGAAGUCUUUCUCAAUCAGGUGGUUUUGCGAAAUUGGAAAGACACUUUGAAAGCACUCCAAAGCUGUGAAGAUGUUCUCCCGUAUGCCGAAGAACUUCAAUUUCCCAAAAAGUUAAUCGAGUCUUUGGCUGCGAAAGCAUGUACUGACCCAAAUCUAUUUGGUUGGCCUGUCAUGGAGCAUGGGGGGCCCAUGCAGAGUCCUGGGGGAAGUGUAUUGUGGAACGGAAUCAGCACAGGUGCACGACCAAAAAGUUCAAGUUUAGAUUGGUGGUAUGAGGAUGCAUCAACUUUGAGUUUACCGCUAUACAAAAGGUUGAUUUCUGCCAUGGAAUCUCGAGGCUUAAAACAGGAAAUAAUUGCUGGCUCCAUGAAUGUUUAUGCAAAAAAGUACAUACCAGGGUUAAACAGACGACAGGGUUCCAGCGAAUCUAGUAGCCGUCUUGCACCAGUGAGUUCAGGAAUCUCACUUUCAGAAGAGGAUCAGAAGCUUUUGAUUGAAGAGAUUGAUCACUUACUUCCCAUUCAGAAGGGUCUAAUCCCAACAAAAUUUCUAUUUGGUCUACUUAGGACAGCCAAGAUUCUUCGAGCAAAUCCUUCUUGCCUAUCAACCUUAGAGAAGAGGAUAGGAAUGCAACUCGAUCAGGCAACUCUUGAGGAUCUGUUGAUGCCUAAUUUUUCUUAUUCCAUGGAGACUCUGUAUGAUGUAGACUGCGUACAGAGGAUUCUUGACCAUUUCUUGGUCAUGGAUCAGGUGGUUGGCAGUGCAUCGCCAGGCUCAGUUGAUGACGCCCAGCUAAUGGAAUCACCAUCACUGACACCGAUCACGAUGGUAGCCAAGCUAAUUGAUGGGUACCUUGCGGAGGUUGCCCCAGAUGUUAAUGUGAAGCUUCCCAAGUUUCAGUCCCUUGCCGCUGCUGUUCCUGAGUAUGCACGGCCCUUGGAUGAUGGUCUUUAUCGGGCAAUUGACAUUUAUCUCAAGUCUCAUCCAUGGUUGGCAGAGACAGAUAGAGAACAACUCUGCAGGCUGAUGGAUUGCCAAAAACUCUCUUUGGAAGCGUGUACCCAUGCAGCGCAGAAUGAGAGGCUGCCUUUGAGAAUAAUAGUCCAAGUCCUCUUCUUUGAGCAGCUCCAGUUAAGGACUUCAAUUGCUGGUUGCUUGAUGGUCUCGGACAAUCUUGAUGGGUCGAGACAGUUGAGAAGCGGCCUGAUUGGCCAAAACGAUGGAGGAUGGACCACAGCUGUGCGGGAAAACCAGGUCCUGAAAGUCGGAAUGGAUAACAUGAGGAUGAGGGUUUCUGAGCUUGAGAAAGAGUGUUCCAACAUGAGGCAAGAGAUCGAGAAGUUGGGUCAAGUAAAAGGAUCAAGCACGUGGGGAAAUGUCUCCAAAAAGUUUGGCUUUAGACUCAAGUCUCAAAUGUGCAGUGCUCAAGAGGGAUCCGUCAGUAAGCAGAACAAUCGAAGUGUGCAAAGUGAAAAGUCGAAAGAUCAACAUAGGGGAAAGCACAAGAAAAAUUUAUCUUCAGAAGAAUAACCACUCUUCAUCUUCUAUUUUUAAAAUUUUAUUUGGCAAAUUCUGUUUUUAGAUCAGGACUGGAUAUUAUGUUUCCUUGUUUGUGUUAUACUACUCUGUUUUGAUUCAUCUUCGCGAUUCCGCGUCUUGUAACAUAAAUAGAUUGCACUUGCAAUUGUUUAGUUUUUCUGAAAUUGUGAAAGGUAAAGUAUUUGUCCCGAAAA